AUGUCCUCCAACUACACUAUUGAAAAUUGCACAGCGGGUAUUUUYGAAUUCUUGGCCUACAGUCCAGUAUGUCUGGUGGGUUUCUUCGUUAACGGAGCUGCUCUGUGGGCCUUUUUCUCCAUCCGGGUCUCCUGGACUGACACCCACAUCUACAUGGUGAACUUAGCAUUUGCUGAUUUCGCCCUCAUCCUUACCCUUACCCUCAGGAUCUACGACACCUUCAAAUGCCUAGAUAAAACUCACUUGUGCACUUUCCUCAUUCAAAUGCAUUUCAUCAACAUGUAUGCCAGCAUGCUGACCAUGACGGCGAUCAGCGUCCACCGCUACAUGACUGUGAGGUUCCCCAUCCAGGCCAGGUCCUGGAGGAAAAAGAAGGAAACGGCUGUCGGUGUGUGUGUGAUCAUCUGGUCUCUCCUGGUGGCUUUGGCUGUUGCUUUUCGUCAGGAGAACCACCCUGACAAACUCUGGACAUGCUACGAAAGACUUAAAGAUCAUCCGCUCAGUUUAAAAUUCAUUAUUCUAUUGGUGCUUGUGGGUUUUGUUGUUCCUCUGCUGAUCACCGUGUACUGCUCCGGUCACAUCAUCUUUAUUUUGUUAAAAAAGCGCAGCWGUUCAGCGGAAAGGAAAAGCCUCGUUGGCAUCGUUACAGCAAACCUGAUUGUGUUCCUCCUUUGCUACACACCCAUACACAUUGCUUUUGUUGUUAACUUCUUACAAAUAGUUCCUCCAAACUGGAGGGAAGUGACUUUGCCCGCUCACACGUUUUUACGAGUGUCCGAGUGGAUCUCUUCCACAAACUGCUGCUUUGAUUCCAUUAGCUUUUAUUUCUUAUUAAAAAAGGUUUACACAUAAAAGAGAGAGAGCACCAGCACCAAUCUGUGUUCCAUUGUUUAAAAUACACGAUGUCGUUACACGUGUUUAUUGGGUUGACUCAGCAUUUUUUUUGUAACCUGCGUGACUCUGAAGGGAACUGAAAGAGCCAGACGUACAAAUUUCAUUUUCAGUUCCCUGCAGAACUGGAGGCCCUGAAGAGAACYAACACUUUAAACUGUUAAAGAAGAAUUUUGGUUUGUGAAAAUAAGAUGGACCCUUGAUAUUAUACAAGUAAAGCURUUCUUUGAAAUAUUGUUUUUUUUAAUAAAACAUGCAUAUUUUUAACUCA